AGCACUGGAGUGACGCAGUCGAGACUCAGGAAGUGACUUGAGUUAAAACUAUGAGCUCAAAAAUUGUAUUUUAAUACACAGACAUGCGUAGAGCUUGAACGCCCCGCAGGCUGCAGCAGAUAAGAGUUUGCAGAGGUGAUUAAGUGAAACAGUCACUGUCAGAUAAGGCUGUUCCAGUGACAUAGACAGUCAGGAUCAAAGUCUACAGGUAAGACCGAAGACUGUUACCUCAGUACCUUCACACACUGUUCUCGUUGGUGAUCAAGAUAAAGAACUUUGCAUACUGCUGCAUCACCAGUAGACACUCUUUGCAUAUCCUGUCUCACUCCCCUGCCUGUCUCUCUCUGUCACCGGCUGCUGUCACUGAAGGGCAGAGGGAGGGUGAACUAGAGAGAACUGGUGGAGACCUAUAUUACAACAACCCCCAGGCUUCACUAAACUGCGCCUGUCUCCAUGUGGAUUACUGCCAGAGAGAGAGAGAAGGAGAGAAGUUGUCAAUGAGAGCUCCUGCAGUUGUUUGGUUAAAACUUCAGCUUCGUAUGAGGCGUUCACGGGCUGCGUGAAAGAUACAGAGCAGGGCGGAAUCGGUUCCUCUUUGCUGAUGGCCUAAUUGCCAGUUGAGUUUCUUUUCGUUACAUGGCGACAUCCCCCUCUCUCUCUGUUUUUAAUCUGUUCAUGAUUCAACUUUCUGCAAAUGAGCGCAAGUCUCAGCUUGUGUGAGGUUCAUCAUCAUCAGCUGCGGCAGCAAGAGAAGAAGAAGAGGAGGAGGAGGAGGAGGAAGACCUUUUAAGGAACAGAAGAAGCGGACAAAGUUGGAUUGUUGUCGCGCGCUGGACUGUGCCAUUUCCUUCUUUUUUUAAAUAAAUCCUGUUUGUUAAGUUUUAUUUUUCACCAGGGGGAAGUUAUGACUUCGGUAUGGAAAAGACUGCAGCGAGUUGGUAAAAAGGCUUCAAAGUUUCAGUUUACUGCGUCUUACCAGGAGCUCGUUUUGGAGUGCACCAAGAAAUGGCAACCGGACAAGCUGAGGGUGGUGUGGACCAGGAGGAACAGACGCAUGUGUUCCAAGCUCCACAGUUGGCAGCCUGGAAUCAAGAACCCUUACAGGGGCAUGGUGGUGUGGCCUGUCCCAGAGAACAUCGACAUCUCUGUUACACUCUUCAAGGAGGCCAACGCUGAGGAGUUUGAGGACAAAGAUUGGACCUUUGUCAUCGAGGGUGAGAACAAGGGGCAUCGCAAGGUUUUGGCAUCAGCUGACAUCAACCUGAAGCGGUUUGCCAGUCCCAUGCCAACCCAGACUGACCUGACGCUGAAGUUGAAGCCGCUGUCUGUCAAAGUGGUGGAGGCCACGCUCAAGCUCUCGCUGUCGUGUGUCUUCAUUCGGGAGGGAAAAGCCACUGAUGAAGACAUGCAGAGUCUGGCUAGCCUGAUGAGCGUCAAACCCGCAGAUAUCGGCAACUUGGAUGACUUCAAUGAGAGCGAUGAAGAAGAGGACAAGAAGUCUGUCACUGCUACAGUAGUUCCACAUACUCUUAUUCGCCCAAAUCGCCCUGCUCCCCCUCCACCUGACAAGCAAAACUCCACUGGACCCGCUUUUCCAGCCUCAGCUGGUGGACGUGAUGGCCGCCCUCCCCUACCUAUCGCCCCCCGCCCCUCGCCCCGCCGCUCCCGACACCCCUUCUCCACCGCCCCUGUCCAAUCAGAGAUCCAGCCUUCCCCCGGCCCCUCCCCUCAGCCCUCACCCAGGUCUAAGCAUAAAAAAACGACCAACCCUGUUCCUCCGGAGCCCCCUGCUUUAUCUGACCCACAGCCCCCAAGCUCCCAGGUCCCAGCAGCACCUCCCUCUGAUGUGUCUCCUGUGACUCCUCCAUCACCUGAACCUUCUUCCCUCCACCCUCCAUCUUUCUCUAAAUCUGUAUCUACUUUACCCUCUGCCCCAGUGGUACUUUCUUCUGUAGUGCCCUCUGUUCCCUCGAAUCCUUUCUUAUCCAGUUACUAUGAAGGUCCUGCACAGUUAAAUACACCCUCCAACCCAUUCCUUAAUUCUACAAGUGCACCUACACCUGCCAUUACUUCUUUAACUCCCAUCCUUCCCUCCAAUCCAUCCCCAGCAACCGAAGCUAUCAUAACAUCAGCUCCUCAAAACACCUCUCUCACCACGUCUCUGACCCAUAAGCCCAUCUCCGCCACCUCCCAGCCUCUUCACUCCAAAUCAUGCUCACCCCUAAAGCUCACCCCGUCUUCUGAGCCCUCGUCCACUCACCCUCCACUCACCCGGACCCUCUCUCAGCCCCCCUCACUUCCCAGAAUCUUCCAGUCAGGCGCAGCAAAAGUUCCUGUUUCAUAUCAACGGCGCCCCCCAGAGGUUCAAACUGUAGAUGAUCCCACUUCAGUUUCUGUUCGUUCCCACAUUUUCAAACCUCAGAUCGUUAAGUCAAUCGCCCGCCCCUCCUCUCCCUCACCUUUUGCCGCUGAUGUCUCUCCUCUGGCUUCAACACCCCCUGUCCCUAAAUCUCACCCCUCUAGCUCAGAGUCAGGUGCUCCCGGGGCUUGGCCGAUGUCUGACUCUGCUCCGAUCGUGGGCGACAUCACCCCCAUCCCUCUCCUGAGCAGUCCGGAUCUCGAUGCUCUCUGCGACCCCGUGGCUCCGACCCUCCCUGCCUCCCUCCCACGCUCCUCGUCCCCUCGCUCCUCUUCCCUCUCCACCUCUGUUAUAUUCUCCUCUCCUCACUCUCAGCUCUCUGUCUCUCCUUCUGCUCCUCCUGCUCAGUCAGCCUUCCCCCUCGCUCAAGCAGACAAGGAAACAACUCCGAGCCCUCUGAGCCGAGGUGAGGAAGUGGCCAACGUCAGAACAUCCAACCAGCCGAUCAGAGCAGCCCAGGACUCAAAGGCAGCCAUUACAGAAAACAAAGCUGAACCAGGAAGGAUCAGUCCCGCCCAGUCCCACUCAGAGCUGAUCAUAGCCCCACCCCCUCCAUGGCCCUUCUCCUGCUGUGAGAGUUCCACCCCCCAGCAGUCCACCACUGUUGUGGCGGCCUUUAUCACUCCUAAACAGCCAAACAGUCAGAUGGAGAUUGAUUUGAAUAAGCCAGUCAGUGAGAUGCAGAGUGUUGCUAGCACCUCUAAGGCCGAAAAGGCGCCACUGGCAAAGCCUGAGCCUGAGCCUGACUUUGACAGCAUCAUCUUUGAGUCGUUUAACCAGAGACAGGAAUCAGGGGGCUUGUUUCUGGAGGAGGAUGACUCUAAGCGGGAUACUAUCAAAAGGUGUCCUCCGGGUCUUGAACAAAAAACCAUUGAAAAGACCUGUGGAGAAAAGCAGUUAGAGCGAGCAGCGGUGCAGAAGGAGGAGGUGAUGAAGGCAGAGCAGGAGAAGCAGAACGAACUGAAAAGACAAGAAGAGGAGAGGAGGAGGAAGGAGGAAGAGCAGAAAGCAGCACUCGUGAAGCAAAAGCAGGAAGAGAGGAGAAAACAUGAGGAAGAGAAGAAGAGGCUUUUAGAAGAGGAGAAGAAGAGGCUCUUGCAGGAGGAGGAGGAAGUUAAGAAGGAGAAGGAGAGAAGGAAGCGAGAGGAAGAGAGACUCCUGAAGGAGAAGAGAGAUAAACAGGAAAAGCUGAGGGAGGAAGAGGAGAAGAAGAAGCAGGAGGAGGAGGAGAGGAAGAAAAGAGAGCAGGAGAGGAGGCUCUUGGAGGAUGAGAAGGAGAAACUUCAGAGGGAGGCGGAGAGGAUGCUUGAGAGAGAGAGAUUCAUGAGGACGAUGAAGGAGGAGGAGGAGAAAAGGAUGGAGGAGAGGAGAGUGCUUGAGGAGCAAAAAAAGAAGAGGGUAGAAGAGAACAAAAGGCUCCUGGAGGCGGAGGAGAGGAGGAAGACGGAGGAGAAACGCUUGAGGGAGGAAAAAGAGAUGGAGCAACAGAAAAUGAGAGAAGAGGAAGAGAGAAGAAAGAAGAAGGAGGAGAGAAAGAAAAAGGAGGCAGAAGAGGAGAGGAGGAGGAGAGAGGAGGAGGAGAAGAGAGUCAAAGAAGCAGCAGAGAGACGAAAGAGGGAAGUGGAAGAGAAGGAGAGACUACUUAAAGAGGAGAAGGAGAGGAAGGAGAAAGAGAAGGAGAGAUUAUUAAAGGAGGAGAGAGAAAAGAUGGAGCGGGAGAAAAAAGAAAAGAGAGAGGAGAAAAGACUUGAAGAGGAGGAGGAGAGGAGAAAGAAAGAGGAGAAAGAGAAGGCAGAGAGGAGAAUGAGGGAGGAAGAAGAAAGGAGAAAGAAAGAUGAGGAACAGAAAAGGAAACAUCAGCAAGAGAAAGAAGAGAUGGAAAGACGAAAGAGGAAGGAGGAGGAAGAGAAGAGGAGGAAUGAGGUACGAGCAGCUCUGGUCUGCAGUCCGGAGGCCAACAGGUCAGACGAGGACAAACAGAGGAUGAGAACUCUGGCUACACCUGAGCAGCUGCCCUCACUAACUCUCAGCCAAUCACAGCCAAGAGAGUUGACGACUCAGUCAAUUAACAAACCAAGCCCCGCCUCCAUAAACUCCUACAAAGACCGUCUGGGGCAACCCUCUCUCACAAAGGAAGGCUCAUUGUCAAACAUUGUUGCCCCCGAAAAGAAAAUAUCUGCCACAUGUACUCCACCUGGUAUCCGUUCAGAUCCUGAUAAACCAAUCACAUUAGAGAUCUUGACCCUGGCGCCACCUCCAAAGAGGCUGUGUGAUGCAGAGAUUCCUCUGUGGGAAGUGCUAGAAGGGAGAAGUGGGAAAGGUACACCUGAAAAAAUCUCUGCCGAGGAGGGUAAAAAACCUUUGUGCAGAGGCUCACACAGAGAAGAUGCUGCUGAGGUGGACGCUCCCGUCAAGCAGGAGCAGCAGCCAAUCACAGCCAAAGACUCAGAAACCGAUCACAUAGUGCCACCUCCUGCUCAACCUGGUGCACCAUCAGUUAAAGAGGAGCCCAAAGAGCCAGAGGGACCCAGGACAGAACUGGUGACCUCACUCAAGGUUUCCCCCAAACCAGCCGGCAAGCUGGCCCUGGAGCCACUGCUUCCCUCAAAAAAAACAGAACCAGAACCAGAACCAGAGCUGCGGCCGGAACCGGUUCUCCAACCAUCAGGGAAACCACAACAGGGGGGAGCAGAUGAGGAGAAACCGGCAGACCGCACGGCUGGUGGCGAGGAGGGUUCUGUCAACAAUAAGGAGCCAGUGUGCGAGGCGGAAAAGCAGCUGUGGGCAGCUGUGGAGGAGACCACAGCAGAGACAGGAGCCGAGAGAGGGAUGGAAAGUAGUGAGAGCACUGAGGAGAAGGAUGAGAAGGAGCGGGAGGAGGAGGGUGUAGUAGGGGGUAGUGCCCACGAAUGUGCACACACAGAGGCAGAUGUGUGUGUUGCAGAGCAGCAGCAGGAGGCGCCUGCUGGCUUCAUGUCAGCUGUAGUUGGGGUGUUGUAUAGAGGCUAUGAGACAGUGGCCUCCAUCCUGCACACAACUGGACCCGCUGAUCCAGGUCAUCCACUCCCCUCUGCAGAACAAUCAUGCCUCCUUUUGAGUAAUGAAGAUCAGCUGUGUUUACAAGAAGUAGAUGCAGAGAUGCUGUAUUCCUUUGAGCCAGAUGAUGAUGAUUCACUAAUUGCUGCUGGUGUGGGCAUUUCGCCACCCACGGCCUUCUCUGACACAACAGGAAAUCAGAAGAUUAGUGAGGAGAAGGUUUCCAACACUGAAUUAUCUCAGAAACCAGAGUGCUUACCUUUAAUGGAGACACGUGGGCUAAGCCUAGUGGCAAGUCUGCGACUGGCAGCCAGUGAGCAGGAGAAAGAGCGAGAGCAGGAGAGGGAGAGAAGGGAGAAAGAAAGGAUAGAAAAUAUGAAGAGGGAAGAGAGGGAAAGGAAAGAGAGAGAGGAGGCAGAGAGGAAAGAGAGAGAAAGGUUGGAGAAAGAAGAGGCAGAGAGGAAAGAGAAAGAAAGGCUGGAGAGGAAAGAGAGAGAGAGGACAGAGAGAGAGAAGUUGGAGAGGGAAGAGGCAGAGAGGAAAAAGAAAGAGAGGUUGGAGAGGGAAGAGGCAGAGAGGAAAGAGAGAGAGAGGUUAGGGAGGGAAGAGGCAGAGAGGAAAGAGAAAGAGAGGUUAGGGAGAGAAGAGGCAGAGAGGAAAGAGAGAGAAGAGGCAGAGAGGAAAGAGAGAGAGAGGUUAGAGAGGGAAGAGGCAGAGAGGAAAGAGAGAGAGAGGCUGGAGAGAGAAGAGGUGGAGAGGAAAGAGAAAGAGAGGCUGGAGAAAGAAGAGGCAGAGAGGAAAGAGAAAGAAAGGCUUGAGAGGAAAGAGAGAGAGAGGCUAGAGAGUGAAGAGGCAGAGAGGAAAGAGAGAGAGAGGUUAGGGAGGGAAGAGGUGGAGAGGAAAGAGAAAGAGAGGCUGGAGAGGGAAGAGGCAGAGAGGAAAGAGAAAGAGAGGCUGGAGAGAGAAGAGGCGGAGAGGAAAGAGAAAGAAAGGUUAGAGAGGGAAGAGGCAGAGAGGAAAGAGAGAAAGAGGCUGGAGAGAGAAGAGGCAGAGAGGAAAGAGAGAGAGAGGUUAGAGAGGGAAGAGGCAGAGAGGAAAGAGAGAGAGAGGCUGGAGAGAGAAGAGGUGGAGAGGAAAGAGAAAGAGAGGCUGGAGAAAGAAGAGGCAGAGAGGAAAGAGAAAGAAAGGCUUGAGAGGAAAGAGAGAGAGAGGCUAGAGAGUGAAGAGGCAGAGAGGAAAGAGAGAGAGAGGUUAGGGAGGGAAGAGGUGGAGAGGAAAGAGAAAGAGAGGCUGGAGAGGGAAGAGGCAGAGAGGAAAGAGAAAGAGAGGCUGGAGAGAGAAGAGGCGGAGAGGAAAGAGAAAGAAAGGCUGGAGAGGGAAGAGGCAGAGAGGAAAGAGAAAGAGAGGUUAGAGAGGGAAGAGGCAGAGAGGAAAGAGAGAGAGAGGCUGGAGAGAGAAGAGGUGGAGAGGAAAGAGAAAGAGAGGCUGGAGAAAGAAGAGGCAGAGAGGAAAGAGAAAGAAAGGCUUGAGAGGAAAGAGAGAGAGAGGCUAGAGAGUGAAGAGGCAGAGAGGAAAGAGAGAGAGAGGUUAGGGAGGGAAGAGGUGGAGAGGAAAGAGAAAGAGAGGCUGGAGAGGGAAGAGGCAGAGAGGAAAGAGAAAGAGAGGCUGGAGAGAGAAGAGGCGGAGAGGAAAGAGAAAGAAAGGUUAGAGAGGGAAGAGGCAGAGAGGAAAGAGAGAGAAGAGGUGGAGAGGAAAGAGAAAGAGAGGCUGGAGAGGGAAGAGGCGGAGAGGAAAGAGAAAGAAAGGUUAGGGAGGGAAGAGGCAGAGAGGAAAGAGAGAAAGAGGCUGGAGAGAGAAGAGGCAGAGAGGAAAGAGAGAGAGAGGCUGGAGAGAGAAGAGGUGGAGAGGAAAGAGAGGCUGGAGAGGGAAGAGGCAGAGAGGAAAGAGAAAGAGAGGUUAGAGAGGGAAGAGGCAGAGAGGAAAGAGAAAGAGAGGCUAGAGAGGCUGGAGAGGGAAAAGGCAGAGAGGAAAGAGAAAGAGAGGCUGGAGAGAGAAGAGGCAAAGAAGAAAGAGAAAGAGAGGCUGGAGAGAGAAGAGGUGGAGAGGAAAGAGAAAGAGAGGUUGGAGAGGGAAAAGGAGGAAAGAGAGAGGUUGAAAAAGGAGAAAGAAGAGAUGGAGAGGAAGAAGAGGGAAAAGGAAGAAGAGAGGAAGAAGUUGGAAAAAGAGAUGGAAGAACUUGAGAACAAGCAAAGGGAGGAGAGGGAAAAGGCAGAGGGAAAAAGGGAGCAGCAGAGGGCAGAUGAGGAAAAAAAGAAGAAAGAGGAAGAAAGAGCAAAAAACAAGAUGGAAAGUGAGAAGAACAAAAAGAGAGCAGAGGGCAGGGCAUUUGAAAGGCAGCGCAGACAAGAGAUCAUUUCUGACUCUCCAUCAGUGCAAAGCAACCAGAAAGUUGUAAAUAUCCAAUCAGCUGACUGGCCGCCACUCAGUGAGGCAGAAUUGGAUGAUAUUGCAUUUGAUGAGAGACUACAGGGGGAUGAAGAGGAGUCAGAAAGCAAAUCUGAUCCCAAAUCCGUGAAUACGAUCAACCCCAAUACUGCAAUCAAACUGGUUUCGACCAGUCCAACUGAUUCUGUCUCUGCAGCCAGACCAACAAAUAAACCCAUCUCCAGAUCAGACAAACCCGAUGACUCUGGUCUGAGAUCAGUCAAAAAACCCAAAUCCAACCUUAAAUCUGGUGCCAUCCCAGUGUGGUUGAGAGAGGAGGAGGAUGAGGAGGUGGAGUAUGAGAGAGGACAUGAGGAUCUCGGCUCCAUCUGGCUGGCAGAGCUGUACAUGGAAGGGGAAGCAGGCCCAGGCCACCCAUCCCCUGCUGUAGCCCAGAAGCCCUCCUCACUGCCCUUCAGUGAACAAACCCUUUACCAGAGCUCAGCUGCCAGUCAGCCAAAUAAGCCAGAACCUCCUGACUCCCAAACCAAUCAGGCUCAUCCUGGGCCUGUUUUGGUGUCCAAGCAAGAGGAAAGAAUCAGUCCAACGACUGCUCCCAAGGCACAAAAACAGCCAAUGAAAGGACAGAGAGAUGAUAACACAACAAAUGGUCAAAGCCUGGAGGUAGCUGCCAAUGAGGAGGGAGAACUUGUUCAGUCGUCUGUGGUACCAUGGCCCCUUCCCCCAAGCGCAAACACUACUAGCUUACACUCUGACUUAAAACACCCCAAGAUACACACUGACACACACAUCAGCAAGAUACAUGAUGACACAAAAAUUGCCAAAAUAGACACAGAUUCAUGCAAGACUCUUGAAAUGAGGGAUGACCAAGACAUGAACCAUUUCUCCAAGAGCUGCAAUUCAAAUAAGCACAUACUCCCUACCGAGACUGACAGCACACAAAUGGACAACCAUCACACAGAGACACACACCCCUGAUCACAACAAUCUCACCAAAGACCAGCAGCUCCAAGAGGAGGAGAAGUUCUUACUGGCUAAAAUUCAUCUGAUGACAGUCGACACAUCACCUGUCUCCAGCCCUCACGGCAUGAAACGCCUUGUCCCUACCCCUGGUGAUAUUGAUCUUGAUGCCCUGGAGCACACAAGCCAAUCAGAAAACACAGCUGAACUUACUGAUCACAAGCAGCACCCAGUUAUUCCCUGCUUUGACGAACUGCAGGAAAUAUCACUAAAUGAAACAGAGAAGCCGCACAGAGAGGACAAUGUGCUAAAACACAAACCGGCUGACGUCCCUGAUGGUGGAGGGAAGAAACCGCCAUCACAGCUUGGAGACACGUCCAGCACACGUACCAGUGACAUACACAUCACUCCUCCCCAUCACUGUGAGAUGAUGACAUCUCGGCUUCCUACGUUACCAGAGGAGGAAACUGCUGACAUUAAGACCCCUGAGCCAGGUCAAACAGUCAGAGAGGAAGCUGACGGGAAGGACGACACAGCUGAGGGGCUGGUGAACUCCAGCCAGUCGCUGCUCCAGUGGUGUCAAGACAUCACCAGUGGGUACCGGGGGGUAAAGGUCACAAACUUCAGCACGUCCUGGAGAAACGGCCUGGCCUUCUGUGCCAUCCUGCAUCACUUCCAUCCAGACAAAAUAGAGUUUGACCAGUUAGACCCUCAUGACAUCAAGAUCAACAACAAAAAGGCAUUCGAUGGUUUUGAAGCUCUGGGCAUCUCUCGUCUGUUGGAGCCGUCCGACAUGGUUCUUCUGUCCGUCCCUGACAGGCUCAUCGUCAUGACCUACCUCAGCCAGAUCCGCUCACACUUCACCAACCAGGAGCUGAGUGUACUGCAGAUAGAGCGCAACAGCAGCCAGUCCAGCUACGGCCUCGCCCCUUCUGGUCCUGCCCCCACCAACGUUGAUGCCGCCGCUUUCUGCAUGGCCAGACUGAAUGAGGGAGUGAGUCUAGAGGAAGGAGGAAGCAGUACGUUGGUCGUCCCGCCACCAAGGGCCAAACGGCUGGUUAAAGCUGAUGAGUCAAUAACUCCAGUCCUACCUCCGAGGUCGGUUACCAAGGCAGUCAAAUCUGGACUGACUCAGGAAGAAGACACAACAACAAACUCUGCAAGAGAAAACACUAAUAACACAGAGUCACAGACUGCAGCUGAGACAGAGCCUCCCAAGCAAGAAGCAGAAUCAAUGUGUCUGCAGGACACCAGUCAGUAUGUGCUGAGCGAGCUGGCGGCGUUGGAGACGGAACAGAAGCACAUUGACAGCAGAGCCGCUGUGGUGGAGCGACGACUGCGAAGCCUCAUGGAAACAGGAAGUGACCGUGAUGAAGAAGAGAGACUGAUCCAGGAGUGGUUCACACUGGUGAACAAGAAGAACGCUCUGAUACGCAGACAGGACCACCUGGAACUACUGCAAGAGGAGCAGGAUCUGGAGAGGAGGUUUGAGCUUCUGACCAGAGAACUACGGGUCAUGAUGGCUAUAGAAGACUGGCAGAAGUCGUCCACCCAUCAGCAGAGGGAGCAGCUGCUCCUCCAAGAGCUGGUGUCGUUGGUCAACCAACGGGACGAGAUCAUCAGAGACAUUGACGCCAAGGAGAGAGGGGCACUGGAGGAGGAUGAGCGACUGGAGCGCGGUCUAGAGAUGAGGAGGAGAAAAUACAGCAACAAAGAUAAAUGUGUCCUACAGUGAGAAGAGAGGAUGAGCACAAACAGCUUUUACUACUGAGCCUCUGAAGUUGCGAAAGAUGAUAUUUUUGUAUCUUUAUCUUCAUAAUCUAUGUGUGCAGGAUAAAAGCAUAUCUUUCAAGACUUUUGGGGCUCAUAUUUUCCUGUUAAGUUUUUUUAAGUGCCUCUAUUUUCAUGGAGAGAAACUGUGUCUUCUUUGACAGUGUUUAAUUAUUUUCAGUCUGUCUUAAUGUAGUAGUAUUAUUUAGAUUUUAUUCACCUAUUUUUAUUUAUUUAAAUGACGUGUCAGAUUGUUGUCCAUCUAUUGCACAGAUAGAGUUUUGUGUGUUUUUUUCUUCUGUGAGUUAAUUCAGUAUUUUGUUUUGGGGGGGGGGGGUCAGAAGAUCAGUCCCCUUUGUCAUGACAAGAGCUUGUCAAAAUAAAUGCAGAAAUGUGCCAUAUCCUUGUAAACUUAAUAGUUUACAGUUGCUUAUGAUAUGCAGACAUUUAAAAAGUCCUGAUCUAUUUCUGGUGAUAUUUCUCUUUCAGACAUUUCCACCCUGAAAAAUAUCUGUUAACAUGCAAAGACAUUUCAGGUAUAAAAACUGCAUGUGAUAAAUCAUGAGCUGGACUCAAUCCCUCACUGUUGUUUGUACAGGGUACAUGUUUUCAAUUGUAGGAUGAUCCCAACAUCAUAUUUUGAUAAAGCCUGAGAGCAUUUCCACUUACUGCAAUAUCAUACUUGUUUGUUUUUGUUUUGUUUUUUUUUUUUAGAUGUUAGAGAUUUAAAGUGUUGUCCAUAUUAAGGAUGCUUAAUGUGGUCUCCAGCUUUAAAUAUUUAUUUUAAGUCACACUCUGAGUGCCUUAAAUCAACCAUAGUGUGUAUGGUUGUGAUGCCUGCUUCGUGCGCAGAAAUGAAGCUGUUUCCUCGUUUCUGCAUUAUUUGACUACUGUGUGCAUGCUUUUUGAGGUGUGCUGAUAAAGUGGUACUCUGCUUCACAUCACUACUGUAUGCCUGUCACACUGUAUGAUGUUGCUGUCUGUAUUUAUGUUGAUGAAUGAUGUUGAUAAUUAUUGAAGAAAAAUAAAUAUUGGUUGGUUGCUUAAA